AUGGUCGACUACGUUCCCUACACCACCGCCAACAUGCCUCAUGACUUUGAGCUUUACUCUAACCAGGAGGAACAACUCAACUUCCUACCCACAUCACAACCAUUCCUGCCCUCCAACUCAUAUUCCAUGGACCCUACCUUCAGUGGCCCCUUCGAGCCGCUAACGUCGCUGUCCGAGGCACCCAGGUCGCAGGACCUCCAGUAUCAUUACGAUGGCAUUGCUCAGGGCGUCAAGGCAUCCUUCCAACAGUACACAAGUCCUAUGGCAUCUCCUCACUCAAUGUCCAACUCGUUCCAACAAGAGCACCCGCCAGUGCUCUCUGCCUCCUCAGAGUCCGGCGCAUCAGUGUCAUCGUCCGCCAUGGGCUCCCCAUCACAGUUCAACGAGCCCUGGAAUCCACUCUCAGCCGGUCUUAGCCUCACUCCAGGGUUCGAGUUUCCAGGCAUGGUAGAAACCGUAAAGGUCCCGGGCUGUGUCGAUCCUAGCCUCACUCAGUUUGGAAACCCUCUGGUUUACAUGCCCCCUUCACCGUAUCCAGAGAUAAGGACUACGCAGUCCCCUUACUUUGGCGUGAUCGAACAUCCUCCGUCCCCUGCUCUGUCCAACAUCUCUUCCCACAGCCAGCGCCCUGGAUCGAACAACUUGAAGCGAGGCUCAGCCUCGCCCUUUCUCAACGACCGAUUCCAGCCGUAUCCCGCCUUCAACGGUCAGAGACGGCAAUCGAACGCCUCGUUGCACUCACAACACUCUGGCACCAGCCGGAAGAGCGCAAGCAGCUACGAGCUUGACGAUGAGACCCGCGAGAAGGGUCUAUGCCCGCUGCCAGAAUGCGGCCGUGUCUUCAAAGACUUGAAGGCGCACAUGCUCACGCACCAGACCGAGAGGCCAGAGAAGUGCCCGAUCACUACUUGCGAGUACCACCUGAAGGGAUUCGCAAGGAAGUACGACAAGAACCGACACACUCUCACCCAUUACAAGGGUACUAUGGUCUGUGGCUUCUGUCCAGGGUCCGGUUCAGCGGCGGAGAAGUCGUUCAACCGCGCCGACGUCUUCAAGCGACACCUCACCUCUGUGCACGGCGUUGAGCAGAAUCCGCCCAACAGCAGGAAGAAGUCGCCCACUGGCCGCAAGGCUUUCUCGGGCUCGCAACAAAGCAUGGCUGGCACUUGCUCGACUUGCUCAGUCACCUUUGCCAAUGCGCAAGAGUUCUACGAGCAUCUAGACGACUGUGUGCUGCGUGUUGUCCAGCAAGCUGAUCCUAGCGAGGCUAUUAACCAGCGUCUUUUGACAUCGGUUGCGGAAGACAAGGAUGUUACCGAGACCCUGGACCGCAACGGGCUCUCAAAUAGCAUCGAGUACACUGUCCCCAACUACGAUGAGGAGGACGAAGAGGAGGACGAUGAUGAAGUCGAUGUUGACGAUGCAAGCGACGACACGUACGGCGUGCGACGUGUCACAUCGCACGUCGGGGGUGGCAACCCCUCUAAAGUGACGAAGGCCUCUGGUGCGAGGGGCCCUCGGGCUGGGCUGACCUUUUCCAAGGGCGGCGUGGCGAUUACCGGUUCGGGCCGCAAGAAGCGCAAGAACUACCCCGUUUCUUGGGGCUGUCCGACCGACAAGAUGAAGAUGAAGAAGCGCGUUUUGUGCGUCUACGACGGCCCGCGACGCCUCUGGAAGGACGACAUGAUGCUCGACCAAGAGUUCGAGGUCCGCAUGAAGCUGCCUGAUGGCAAAUCCUACGUGACGGAUCUGGAUGUGCAGACGAUGAACCGGGCGGAGGCGCUGCACGACGCGACGCCAGAAGAGAAGGGCCCGUGGACGCCCGACAACAUCAUGGGCGCUCCCCAAGUCACGGCCGAAUAUCAACGCCAGCAGUUUAUGAUUUGA